AUGGAGAUUACGAAAUUUCCCCAUGUUAUCUCCGCUUUACAGUCUGAAGAGUUAGCUAUUGUGGAUUAUCUUAUUUUCAAACCACCGGCAGAAAAUCCGUACACUACACUCAUAGCUCGGCUAUGUUCGCAAUACUCCGACAGUGAAGAACAACGCCUCCGAAACUUCAUCUCUGGAAUGCAACUAGGAGAUCUGAAACCCUGGCGUCUUUUAUUGGAGAUGGGAAGCAAGGCUGGAAAUCGAAUUUCCGAUAAUUUGCUUAAAUCCUUUUUUCUGCAGUAUCUUCCAACAAACGUACAGCAGAUUCUUGCUAUCUUUGAUGAUGGAGCGGAAAAGUUAGCUGAAAUGGCGGAUGGAAUUAUGGCAGCUGCUUGUAGUGUACCAUCGAUUCGAGCAGUCGAAGCGGGAGAAAUGGAGCUAAAAACCAUGCUUAUGGAUAUUUCGUCUCGUCUGUCUCCCCUGGAAACAUGUGAACAUUCUACCUCCCGUGGGGGUUUCCGUCGUCGGUCAGCAGAUUCCAGAAACCACGAACACUGUUGGUACCACCGACGUUUCAAGGAACGUUCAAUGAAGUGUACCAAACCAUGCUCAUUUCUCCUGCAAACUAGAACGACCAUCACUUUAGACAGCGGGUGGCUGCACAACUCAGAUUAA